GUGCCUCUUAAAAGAGUAACAGAACAACGAAGCGACGUCGUAUUGCAGGCUAGAACAGGAAAAUUCUUCAACCAUCCAAGUGUGCGUUGUGAGCUUGUCUUCCGCAGCUUCCAUCCCAACUGCCUUGUCUUCUUCUCCUCCAUUUAGUCGAAACCACAUUACUUCUGUCACCUUUUACUUUUUCACAUCCAUUGCCUGCUCAAGCGUAGCAAUCGUACCCAUAAAAGGGAAAUUUUAGCUUUUAGGUUUUUUUUUUAAUUUAAUUUUUUUCUCUUUUUCUUUUUGGGUUUCGAUUCACAAGGAUGUUAUUGGAGGAUUGGAUGGUGCUGGGACUCGUUUGAGAAUGGAAAGGAGUUGCAGAGGCGCGGCAGAUGAGGUUAUGAAUUGUGCAGGUUCAUUUCCUCAAGGAGGAAUCGAGGUCGCCGCUGCCGUUGUCGAAUGCCGAGUCCUCUUGCGAUUAUCGGCAUUCGAUUCUUUCUCCAUUGCUUCCGAGGCUUUCUCCGAGCACAAUCAACAAAAUCAACAAAAAAAUUUUUGACAUCGAGGAUAGAUCAAAGCUAUACAUUUUCCAUUUUCUUCUUGCUGCUUGCUGUUUGGUCAUUUUCAGGAAUGAUGCCUGGUGAUGGAAGAGGAGGAUUUAUUUUGGCAAUGGCAUCUAAUAAUGGAACUUAUUCUGCAAUGGAGCCUCCUGACGCUGAGGCUGAUUUCGUAGAAAAAGAUCCUACUGGUAGAUAUGUGCGGUAUGAUGAGAUCUUGGGGAGGGGUGCUUUCAAAACUGUUUAUAAGGCAUUUGAUGAAGUGGACGGAAUAGAGGUUGCUUGGAACCAAGUCAGGAUUGAUGAUGUCUUGCGGUCACCAGAAGAUUUAGAAAAAUUGUAUUCUGAAGUUCAUCUGCUGAAAUCAUUGAAGCAUGAAAAUAUCUUGAAGUUCUAUUACUCCUGGGUGGAUGAAAAGCAGAAAACGGUUAACAUGAUCACUGAACUGUUCACGUCUGGGAAUCUGAGGCGAUAUCGUAGGAAGCAUAAGAAUGUCGAUAUGAAGGCAAUAAAGAAUUGGGCGAGGCAAAUUCUCCAAGGUUUAGUCUAUCUCCACGGUCACAAUCCUCCCAUCAUUCACAGGGAUUUAAAAUGUGAUAAUGUAUUUGUUAAUGGACAUCAUGGAGAAGUUAAGAUUGGAGAUCUUGGGUUGGCCAUUGUUAUGCAGCAGCCUACUGCUAGAAGUGUUAUUGGAACUCCUGAGUUUAUGGCUCCAGAACUUUAUGAUGAGGAAUAUAAUGAACUUGUUGACAUAUAUUCUUUUGGGAUGUGCAUGUUAGAGAUGGUUACUUUCGAGUACCCAUAUAGCGAAUGUAAAAAUCCGGCUCAAAUCUAUAAGAAGGUUACAUCUGGCAUUAAACCUGCUUCCUUUCAUAAAGUGACCGAUCCGCAAAUUAAGGAGUUCAUUCUAAAAUGUAUCGUUCCAGCAUCUGAACGUUUGUCUGCAAAAGAACUUCUCAAAGAUCCAUUCCUUCAGAUUCAGAAUCCCAUAGAACCAAUCCGUGAUCCCUUGCUUUUACCCAACCAGAAUCCUAAAUUGUCAAGUUCAAAGAAGUCAGGACCUUUGUCCAUGGACAUAGACAUAGACACAGAAUACAAAUUGAUUCCUUUAAGCUCAUGUACUGGAUGCAACAAUAAUGAAGGCACAACACUUCCAGUGUUGGAAUAUCAGAGAGCACAUAAGAACAAGGAGUUUAGGUUAAGGGGGGAAAAAAAUGAUGAAAGUUCUGUGUCAUUGACAUUGCGAAUUGCUGACUCUUCUAGUAGGAUUAAAAAUAUUCAUUUCCUCUUCUACCUUGAUAGCGAUACUGCACUAUCUGUGUCAAGUGAGAUGGUUGAACAACUAGAGUUGGCAGAUCAUGAUGUGGCCUUUAUAGCUGACUUCAUUGAUUACUUGAUUAUGAAACUUCUUCCUCAUUGGAAGUCCUCAUCCGAUUAUUGCAUAAGUGGUGUCACAAGUAUUUGCACGGACUCAGUACUUGAAAAAUCUGUGGCUUCCCCUUGGGAUUCUGAGCUACUCAGUGUUUCUGCUCAGCCAGUUGUUGAACAAGGUGCUCUCUAUGGAUUGACAACAAUUCCUCAAGAAGGUAGCUUACAAGCUGAUGAAAAAAAUCGCUGUGAUAACUCUAGCAGUGGUAUUUAUCAUCUUAACAAUUACUCUCCUCCAAGUUUGGCUAAUAUAGAAGAUAAAGAUUCACUAGCAUCAGUUGUUUCAGAGAUACUGGUUGAAGAUGCUUCCUCUAAAAUUGAUAAAACGUCUGAGCUCCCUGAUUACAGUACUGAUGGAGAACUAAGUGGAUAUGCUUCUGAAGGGGAGCUUCACGAUCCCUAUUUUCAUCACAAAUUGGAAAUAAAGAAUAAUAGAUUCCGAGAAUGCAUUCCAAUGAAUGAAUCUGAAAGUUCCGAGUUGUCAUUUCCCAAGAUAAGUGGAGCAUCCAAUGAUAUGAGCUUCACAAGCGGCUCUUUGCCUCUGCACCUAGUUGGCAAAGAUCUAAAUGCUGGGCUGAAGCUGGAGAUUGAAGCAAUUGAAGCACAGUACCGCAAUUGGUUUCAUGAGCUUGAUAGGAUGAGGGAAGAAGCAUUGGAGACGAUCAAAAAGCGAUGGGAAACAAAGAAGCUAGCUGUUCAUUGAUUAAGAAGAUAAUUCUAGACCAAUCCUUUUGCUACAUGUUUCAUUAAUUUGUUGAUACGGUUGGUGGGACGUUGUGAACUGAGCCCUCUUACACUGAACACAGGCUCUUCUUUUGAAAGCCUGGAUUCUUUCCGACUUAAUUUUUCAUUUUGUUUGGAAAAACAGAGCACGUAUACAGUUGUUCAAGCUUGCUGGCAUGUUGCAUAUAAUCUAUGACCUGUUCUCCUUUUCCAUGCUUAA